AUGACUAGGUCAGGUUGUAGGCAAGUAGGAUUCAAACUUGAGGGUAGAGACUUCGUGCAUGACUUGAUCUGUUUACCAAUGGUUGGGUUGGAGAUGAUAUUGGGGUUUGAUUGGUUGUCGAAGAAUCGAGUUUUGUUGGAUUGCUUCAAGCGGUCAAUUCAGUUUAUGCCGGAAGGAGAAAAUAGAGCAGUGAUAGCUGAGGGUUAUUACUUGAACUCUGUAACAAUGCACUGUAGAAGGGAAGAGUGUCAAGGUUACAUCUUGUUAACUGCUAAUGCUUCGGGCGAUGCUCAGAACUUAGAACAAAUUCCGGUGGUUAGAGACUUUUUGGAAGUGUUUUCGGAAGAUAUCCCUGAGUUCCCACCUCAAAGGGAGAUUGAAUUUGCGAUUGAAUUGGUGUCGGGAGCCAGACCAGUUUCGAUUGCGCCAUAUAGGAUGGCUCCAAUAGAGCUGGCUGAAUUAAGACUCAGUUGGAAGAGCUUCUGA